AUUUUUUCUCCUCUUACCUCCCACCUUUCCAAGACAGCAAGCAAUAUGACACAGGUUAAAUAUGUGCAAUCCUUUUAAACCUAUUUCAAUGUUUGUAAUAUAGUGCAAGAAAAAUCACACACACAAAAAAAGAGAAACAAAACGUUGAAAAUAAUAUACUUUGAUCCACAGUCUCCAUAGUUUUCUCUCUGAAAGUGAUUUGCAUUUUUCAUUUCAAGUCUAUUGGAUUUGCCUUGAAUUAUUGAGAAGGGCCAAGUCCAUUAGGAUAACUGCAUAAUCUUGUUAUUGUACACAAUGUUCUCUUGGUUCUGCUCACUUUAUUCAAUAUCAGUUCACAUAGGUCUCACUGAAAGUUUUUUUUGAUUUAGAGGAGGAGAUGGUAUAACAUUCAGACUUAAGUCAAAGAAUAAGCAAAUAAGCAAAAAGAAUAAGCAAAGAAUAAAAAUAAUGUGGAAAAUGAAUUUUCCUUAAGCUCAGGUGCGGAGAGAAUGGAAGCAAACCUAAGAAAGGUAAAGGAUGUCCUAGGUUGGUUGGUGACCAUAGGAACAGAAAGGAGAACCUUAAUAAUUCAAUGACAAAAUAAAAUUAGACUAGCUUUAGGAAUAAGAAUGGAUUUGAAAGGAUGCAGAGUAACCUACUGGCUGAUGGCAAAAAAGGAGCUGGACGAACUGAGGGUGAAAUAAAGAGGCCUCAGAGUGACCAAUUCUUGAAGUGAAAUCUCACUCUAGGAGGAAAGAUGGCACACUGAGAACUUUAACAGUAGAUCACACCAUGAAAUUCCUGGCCUCUAGAGCAGAAGAAUAAGUCAAAAUGAUGAAUGUCAGAGCAAGGUGAAGAGAGGGCUGGAGCCCUUGGGGGCUGACUUUCAAAAUGAAAAUCCUUAAUGCCUCAGUUGAUAGAAAGGGAAAUCUAUCUGGGAUUUUUCUGUUUGGGGGAAUCACGGGCUUGCCGAAGUCCGUUUUCAUCUUAAGAUAAUAUCCAGAAAUAAAUGAAUAAAAUGGAUAAAAUGGUUGAAAGGCAGAGACAGACUUAUAGAUUAAAACAGAGAAUGAGAGGGACAGAUUGACACAGAGAAGGAUAAUGGACAGAGAAAUACAUGGGUAGAAUGAGGGGGAGGGAGACAUACACACACACACACACACACUAUCCACACACAGAGAACAAAAACCCUUCUUGGACUUAAUCCCCAGCUCCCAUGGACACGGAGAGGAGGAAGAGAGCAGUUCUAGCUAUGCCAGCUGAGGCCCAAAGAGCCUGGACAGAUUUGCCUACUGAGCUGGUAAGAAUUGUGAGCCUCUCCACUCCAGGACCGAUUCCCACCGCCAGAGAAAUCUGCAUUCCAGACUCCUGGAGGUGGGAAGAAAACAAGAGAGCCUCUGAACUAAAAGGACAAAGAGGGUGAGUCUUAAAAAGCAAACAUACCACACUCUCCCCACCCCCUCCACUCCCUUAGGCAGACAAAGUUUACUGAAGGAACACCAGCUUCCUUAUCCAGAGCCAGCCUGACCCAGCAAGAAGGAGUGUCUUUAGCAGUGUGAGAGCCCCAGCAUUUUAUAGAGCACCCAAAAAAUGAGGCGCCACUUGCUGGGCAGGGAUCUGUCCAGACAGUGGGAGACAGAGAGGAAGGCUGCCAAACGAGCUGAAGCCAGGCUUGCACUAGGACUGCUCUGGCUGGAGGAAUGUCGUCUCUAUCGUGUGAACACCGUGGCCAAGGAGCAGAGGCAGUUGCAGAAAGAAUUGGAGAAGCUGAGGCAGGCAGAAAACUCCAAGAAAAAGUUCUCAUCUUUUAGCGGUGUUUUACUUGGGACUCAGAAGAAGCCAGAAAUUCCUAUAAUUCCCCAAAAGAGAGGUCAGAGGCACACAACCGCUGAAGCUGGUGUCAUUAGAAGAGAAGCUCCUCUGCUCCAAAUCAAGGAAUAUGAAGCUUCCAAACCCACAGAUUUACCAAGUUCAUAUCCCAUCGACUGCAUAAAGAACAAAGAGGCAUUUUUUCAAAGUUCCAGGGCCCCCAGCUCCAUUGGAGGUGAACCUAAAGCCCCAAGGAGCAGCUCAGUGACAUUCAUUAACCCACCCCAGGACCAACCACAAGGCAUCUCUGCUGACCUCCAGAAGCCUGGAGCCUUCAGCAGAGUACAAGGCGUCCCUGGUGCUCCCCAGGGUGAAGGCGAGGUGAUAGAAAUCAUGGAGGUCAACCCUGAUGGAGGGGUUGGCCCAAAGCCUGGCAGACACACUGAAAACCAGAGGUAUAAUCCAGGUGGAGAGAUGCCUACCUUUGAGGGCAAAACCUAUACUUUUUACAGUUACCUCCGAACAGUGGACACGAUGCCAACCUACCUGGAACUCUUUGCCAAGGUCAAGAAUGCCCGCUACCUCCGGCACAGAGUACGCCCUGAAUCUGAGAGGGUGAUCAGUAUUGCGGAAAUAUUUGGGCACAAGACAUGCUUACAGCCUGGGGUAGGAAACAAGUCAGACAAAGGCCUAAGCAUCUGAAGUAUCUCUCUAGCCUAAUUCUGGUCCAGCUAGCCAAAAGCAUGUGUUAAAAUCUCUGGCUAGAUGUACCCUUAAAAUAUCUUCAUAAAAACAUAUAUAUACACACACACACACACAUAUAUGUAUACACACACACACACACAUAUAUAUACACUUCAAAAAAUAAAUAAAUUUCCAGAAAGAAAAAAAUUUAAAAAGACAUCUUCAAUAGGAAAUAGGGGGAAAAAAAGGGGGGGGGGGGAAUGACACAAUCCAACAAAGAAAUCCUACACAUUGGGGUGGCUAGGUGGCACAGUGGAUGGAGCACCGACCCUGGAAUCAAGAGGAACAACUUCAAAUCCAGCUUCAGACAUGUGACACUAUGCAACCUGGGCAAGUCACUUAAUACUGUUUUGUACAAAAAAUAAAAUAAAAAACUCAAAUCUUAUGCAUUCAUUUUUUCUGCUGCAUUGUAUUAACAGAAAUAAGGAAGAAUACGAUACCUAUCAACUACACAAAAAGAAGCCUUCUGAAAAAUUGUACUAAUGCUAAUAAGAACCUAAAUUCAGAUCUGUGCCUGAAAUGACAUUUGGAUGAGAUAUCCACCAGGCCUGUCCUGAAGCCCUUCCAGAACUGCCAUCUACUGACAAAGGGACACAAUGUGCCCUCCGGAAUUUGUAGCCAUGAUAACAAUGUUGUUUCUCCAGCCUUGUGAUUUUUGCAGAGCACUUUGCAUAUAUGUAUUGGGAGAUCUUGUGGGAGUUUCACAAUAAUGCAGUUAUUAAUGAUACCUCUACUCUACAAAUGAGGAGAGGGUCCGGGAUAUGUUAGUGAUCAAUAUCAAGACAAGAUUAGAAUCCCAGGUCUAUCCCUAUGUUGAGUUCAGUUUUUUCAUCACUAGGCUUGAAGUUGAUGACAGAGCAGAAAAGCAUUAGAAGCAGAAACACCUUGGAGAGUAUCUAGUCUGUUCCCUUCCAUAGAUAGGCUGCUCAUGACCAUCUGCUCUUGUUCAGUCACAUCCAACUCUUGAGGACCCAUUUGGGGUUUUCUUGGCAAAGACAGUGGACUGAUUGGCCAUUUCCUUCUUCAACUAUUUUUUUUUUUCUUGCAGAUGAAGAACUGAGACAAACAGGGUUAAGCUGACUUGCCCAGAGUCCUACAGCUAGUGUGAGGCCAGAUUGGAACACAGGUUCUCUGACUCCAGCCCAACAUUCUCUAUCACCCAGCUGCCCUGACCCACUGAAAACAAAUAAUUUUCUCCUCAAUGACCUCUGCUUGCUGCCAUAUUUCUAAGCUGUUCAGGUUUUAUUUCCCUGCCACUCCUUAAUCUGACAAAAAUCGUUUCUGUCCUGAUAAGAGAACAGAGCAUAGUUUGGCUUUGUUCAACUCAUUGGAAGUCAAGUUUUUUGGAGUGUUUCUAUCCUGCUUCCUACAUAUCACAUAGCCAACACUUUAGGCAGAGAAACAAAUUCAAAGAAAGCUUCAGAAAAACUGAUUAUUACUUUAUUUUUAAAGCUUUUUCAAAAAUAAAAGUCCCUCCAUAACAUAUAA